UCCUCCCGGAAGUGUGUGGUUUCUAAGGAGCAGGAAGCGGACCGCUGUGGGAACAGGUGCAGCGGACCUCAGGCCCUUGGACGAAGUGGCCAUGUCGGCCUUCGACACGAACCCCUUCGCCGACCCGGUGGACGUGAAUCCCUUCCAGGAUCCCUCCGUUACACAGCUGGCAAACGCUAACCAAGGUGGCCUGGAUGAAUUCAAUCCCUUCUCUGAGAGCUCUCGGCUGACGAACGCAGGCCAGACUGUCCCGGCAACGCAGCCCGGCGGGCCUUCGCAGCCUGCGGUGCUGCAGCCGUCUGUGGAACCCACUCCCCAGUCUGUUGCCUCAGCAGCACAGGCUGGGCUCCUUCAGCAGCAAGAAGAGCUGGAAAGGAAAGCAGCGGAGUUGGACCGAAAGGAGCGCGAGCUACAGAACAGCGCAGCGGGCUUCACCCCACGGCAGAACAACUGGCCUCCACUUCCAAAGGCUUGUCCAUUCAAGCCAUGUUUCUAUCAAGACUUCUCUGCAGACAUCCCGUCUGACUAUCAGCGAACUUGCAGGAUGCUCUACUACCUGUGGAUGUUUCACUCGGUUACCCUGCUACUAAACCUGCUUGCCUGCCUGGCGUGGUUCACGGUUGAGUCCGAGAGAGGAGUAGAAUUCGGCCUGUCCAUCCUGUGGUUGGUUUUGUUCACCCCCUGCGCUUUCCUCUGUUGGUAUCGGCCAAUUUACAAGGCUUUCAGGUCUGACAGUUCCUUCAGUUUCUUUGUGUUCUUCUUCAUAUUUCUGUGCCAAAUAGUCAUCUACGUCAUCCAGGCCGUCGGUAUACCUAGGUGGGGGAACAGCGGCUGGAUUUCAGCCCUCUCGGUGACCGGGACCAACCUGGCCGUCUCGAUUAUCAUGAUGGUGGUGGCUGCGUUCUUCACGGUCUGUGCUGUUCUUUCCCUCGUCCUGCUGAAGCAGGUUCAUUCUCUGUAUCGCCGGACAGGCGCCAGCUUCCAGAGAGCCCAGGAGGAGUUCUCCCAAGGCAUCCUCACCAACAGGAACGUCCAGAACGCCGCUGCCGGGGCCGCCUCCGCAGCUGCUCAGGGUGCUUUCCGGGGGAACUGAAGCCUCCUAUUUGGGGCUUUCACCUCGUUCCCUUCCACACUUGCUCUAAUCACUCCCUGGUCUCCAGGAUGCUCUUUCCGGAUGCUCUUUCCCAUGGGUACCAGGCUUAACUCCAAGAUGCUUUGCAAGGAGAGGUUUCUCUCGAGCAUUCCCUGGCCUGCCCCAGUGUGUUGUUGGCAGGAAGAGCCAGGGCCAAGGGCAGUGUUUUGUCUUUGGCGUGGAGGCGUCCUUCCUUCAAUCAAAUAUAUUUUCCCUUAGACCUGGUUGCGUGCAACGUUUAUUUCACCUCCCCCUUCCUUCCUUUCAUCGCAGGGGUGUGGCAGAACCACUUUUGCACUCUUUAGCUUCUCUUCCGCUGGGAGCUGCUGAAAGGAAGGGGUCCUGCCACCCCUGUUUAACAUAGCCCCAUUAAGGGUACUAACAGCGGUCACUGUACUUCUUGGGUUUUGUUUUUAUUUUGGGGGAUUUUUUUAAAAUACAUUUUAAUUAGCUGCUGAUUUUUCACUGCCAGCAUAUGAGGGAUGUCUGGCACACAGUUUUGGUGCACACACAAAUUGAGAAACACACUUCUUGCUUAAUCACACACACACACACACACACAGUUAAAUGCAGCUGGACCGACAGGACAUUAUUGUCCACGGCUCCCACCCUGCAGGCAAUGGGGGCUUUCCUCCAUAUUCUAGAUGCGUCCUUCACUGUAGCCUUAAAAUUUGGGUGAAAAGGGACAUGGGAGAUGGCAGCUCCGUUGCCAUCUAGGAGUCAUGGGUGACCUAGCCAGGAUGCUUGCCUUGGGAUCCAAGUUGCAGAUGGGGGAAGCGGAUUAAACCAUCAAAUUGACUUCAAAGGAAGGGACAAUGAACUGCAGCAUCCUUAGACUUCGCAAUGAUCCGGAGCUAAUUUCAAUGUCUGCCAUAAUUUCCGCUUUCAAGUGUUUCUCCUCUCCCAUAUCCAGUUGCCUAUUGCCCUCUCUUGAGAGUCUGGGGCUCAAAGGAUUCUGGGAGACAGGAAAGACUUGUCAAAAGAGAGAGGAUGUUAGCUGAAGCCGGUGUUUUCUUAAAAGUGGGCUGAUAUAAACCUCCCUUCAUCCCAUUCCCCGUGGCUGCAUUUUUGAACUGUUUGGCUCUGGCGCUCUUUGAGGAACAGCUCGCCUGAAACUGCAGCAUAUCCAGUGUGAUUCAUGCAAAGUGCAUUCACCUGGCACAGUUUUCUACCCCGGACAAAUGGCCAGUUCCACAAUGUUUCUAGAUAUUCCACCACAGGGAGGGUUCUAUUUAUCCUGAGAAGCUGUGAGGUGGUGGUAUUUCUCUCUCUCUUUGAUUUGCUACACUAAGAAAACCCUUGUCAUAUCGGUGAGUGCCGGAUAUGAAGAAUAUUCGAUGUACUUCCCUCCCAUGAGGGGUGCAGGUGAACGAAUGGAAAGGCCAGGUUGUGCUUCCAAGUUGGUUUGCAAGAGGUGAGAUCAAUGAACCUAGUAACGCCCCUGGAUUGAACGUGCAGACACACCCUUGGCAAGACAUUGAUCUGGGUUUAGUGAAGAUGAAAGAGGUGUGUUUAACCACACUGUUGCGUUUGUGAGAGAUCCGGGAGCUAAACUUGGGCUUCAGAAACGUUUGGCAUAGCUGAAAGUUCUCCUUUAGCCUAGGUAAAGAAAUCAGUGUGGAAUCAAGAAGUAGCUAGGCAUGAGCUGAAGUGAUUGCUUUUGACUAUUGUCCCCAAGAGUUGUGCUGUCUUGGGGAAAAUCUAGAUGACCGGCAAUAUUGCUAUAAGACACAAAUGCAUGUUUAGAGAGAAAAACAUCCUACAACUCCCAGCAUUCCCCCAGCCAGCAUAGCAAUGCUGGGAGUUGUAGUGCGUUUUGCUGUCUAAGGAUGCAUAGGUUUAGGCCCUAAACCAUCUGUCGCUCUCAGUUACUUCUCUAACACUGUGUCUUAAGCGAUUCGGAAUGGAUAUGGAGUUACAACAGAUGUGUGGCCUGCAGGUUACACUCAAUAGCUAUGAAGUACAAGGGGAUAUUCCAAGGAGUAAGACGUUCGAAGUCUUGCUGAUGGUUUUUCUUUGCUUUUGCUCGUUUAUAUGAUCUCAGUGUCUUUCCCUCCCCUAAAAGUAGUUUCCUUGAUUGCUUCCGGACCCCUCUUGAGAGGUUUGAUGUAGCCCAGUACAUCUAAGGGAAAUAUUCCUUGGCCUCUCACUCCCUUUCUUUUUAAUUAUUACUAUUCUUUGAAUUUAUGUAAUGAUGGCAGAAAUGAGAUUUUAAAAAAUGUCUUCCCCUCCUGGGUGCAUUUUCCGUCUCUCUGAUCUUUUUUUUUUUUUUCCCCUCCUCAUGUAAAAAUGUAUAUGUCAAACUUUUUGUGCUUAAAUACAGAAUAAAGAAUGUCAAGACUGUUA